AUGUCUGCAUGGAGAUCCAGCCGGCACGAGGUAGAAAAUGAUCCAGAACUCAUGGCAUUCAGUCCUGCAGAAAAGUUUGGCAAGCUUGAGUCGACCCCAGGUGCCAAUCUGCUAAACCCCUUCAGGAUGGAAGUAUGUGAAGAUGGUGAAAAUGAAGAAAUGUAUGACGAAACUCCCCAGCAACCCAACCCAGAUUCCACCAUUCCCAUUUUACCCGACUUGCUGGAACUUGAGGAACUCGUUGACAAUGAGGAUGCAUGGAAAAAUGGGCUCGAAAGUACAAUUGAUGUGGGGAAUGGGAAGCAUGUACACAAGGCAAAGGUUCUGCAUGAAUUCACAAGACAUGUUGCCAAUAUUUCCUGCUUUGCCCAAAUCCCCGCCAUGCCACAUCAUCACAUUGGUGAUGGUUCUAUCAUGGAGACCAAAUGCAUCUUGAUCCAAGAUCCAGUAGCCACACUUCUGAGAUGCAAGGGAAUCCCAUUUCUGGGUGUUGCCCAAGUUAGUUCCAUCAAAGUUGAUAAGAGUCCCCAAAGUGCAGUAUCAAAAGACUUACUCAACGAAGAAACAGUCACCAUCGGUCUCCAAAUCCUCUGCUUGAAGUUGCAAAACAUAGUUCUGUCAAAUGGGAAGGAUGGUGAUUGGGUCUGGCAGCAUGGAUGA